AUGGAUGGGGGAAAAUCCCAACCUUCCAAGGAGAGGGAGGAAGCUCCGCGGGCGAAACAAUUGAAGAUUGGGCACCAAAGUAAGGGUAAAGAGACCGAAACCCAAUCUGCCCAAGGCAAGGGAAAGGGGAUAGAGGCCCAAUCCUUGCCAAGCGCCUGGCUUCCCACCCCAAUGCUCCAUGGCGGGCCAUUGCUGGAAACCGCGUCCAUGAGGGACCUUGGAGAUGGCGAGGGGGGUUACGUGGCCGACGCCUUAGGGAGAACUAUGCUGCUUCCCAAUGAUGCUCUCCAGGCCACAUAUAGAAUGGAGGAGGAAGUUAACAAGCAGAGUAAGGCCACUGAGAAUGAACGCUCCAAACGCCUAGACGCCACACGGACUCUCAAAACUUCCGAGGACGACCUCACAAAGGCUAAGGACGCCUUAAAGGAGGCUAUCCGAGAAAGAGAUAGUGCCUCGACGGGUUUAGAAGGUGCUCAAAAACAGGCCGAAGAACAGACAAAACGUCUACUCGAAGCCGAGGAUCAGCUGCGAAUAGCCAAGGAGCAAAUCAGUGAUUUAAAGAAGAGACUGAUCUUGGCAGAGAAUGAUAAAGGCGUGGCAGAGUAUGCCCGAGGCGAAACCAUAAGGGCCAAGCAGGAGGCUGAGUUUGCCAGAAACGAGGCUGAGGCUGCCAAGGAAACGGCUGAGGAUGAGGGUUACAACGCGGGGGUUUGGGAAGAGGCCUUAAAGCGAGCUAGGGUGGAUGCUUCGUCUGAUCUGUGGAAAGCAGAGAGCAUAUUCUACCCUACAGCGAUCCGUGAGGCCGCCUCCACCAGCUCCGAGGCUAUGAGCGACCAACAUAAGGGAGGGGUCACUCAGUCGGAAGCUGUACAGGUCGGUGCCUUUCCUGGCGAGCCGCUUAAAGGGGGAGAGCUUCAUAAGGUGAUAAAAGCGCCUGAAUGUAUGGAUCCCGAGGUACCUAAAGAGGAUGCUGAGCCAAUGAUCAGCGUUCAGGUCCCUGAUUCCGAAGAGCCAGCCAUACUUGCCCAGCCCCUGCAGGCAAUUCCCCUCGCCGUGGUCCUUCAGAGUACCAACAUCGAUCCUACUCAGUCUUCCCCAGAAGGGACUGUCCUCCAGGGCAUCGAAGCUGGUCCUGUUCUGCCUUCCCAGGAUGUGGCCGCCACAGAAUUGAAGAAGUAG